AAGGAUGAGACAACGAGAUAUAAAAGAUAACUAGAAAAAUUUCUAAAGAGAUGAGAGAGAGAGGUAGAGAGAGAGUGAGAAGGGAUCGAGGUGGACAUCGUUCAAGGGCUAGACAGAUGGCACUGAUCUGGGAGCAAGGCGGAUCUCGUCGAAGAUGCUACCAAAGGAACAGGGAUCCGAGUGAUUUGGGGAAAACAAGGGAUGAUCAAUACCAGGGUCGAAAAAUGCAGAGAGGUGGGCCUUAUAACUGGGGUCUAUACAAACAAGCAACAACAUUUUUCUUUACCAAUGUUCCAGAUGAUUGGAGCUAUGAAGGAAUGUGGAGCACGUUCUUGAAAUUCGGUCGAGUGUAUGACAUCUAUUCUCCAAAUAGAAGAAGUAGGAAUGGAAGUAGAUUUGGCUUUGUGAGAUUUCUAGGGGUGACAGACAAGAAGGAACUGGAAAGAAAGCUGGAUCAGAUCCGGGUAGGAGACCAGAAACUGUGGGUGAAUAUGCCCAAGUAUGAUGCUGAGAAGCAUGAAGGUGGGAGCAUGGUGGUCCGAGACAGAAGCAGAAGAAAUGACAAAGAAAGUAAGAAGCAUGCAGGGCAAGACAAGCAAGGGAGUUACCGAGAUAGAAGUAGACACCAGUACCGGAAAACCGCAAAUAGGAAAGUGUGGAAAGAAAGAGGAAGGAGAGUGAAAUGGGCAGGUAUGGAGUUCAACGUAAAACCUGAAGAGUAUGCUUGGCUCGAAGGCAGUUAUGUUGGAAUAGUGCAUUCUGUGGAGAUGGUACGCAAUUUACAAGAAAAAUUUUAUAUGGAGGGGUAUUUUUCUUGUCAAAUCCGAGCAAUGGGAGGCAAAAUGGUACUGUUAACAGACCAAGACAAGGAGGAAGUGAAAGACUUAGUCAAAAUGGCUUCAGAUUGGCUACGGCAAUGGUUUGAAGAGGUGAGGCCAUGGACUCCACAGAUGACAGCAAAAGAGAGAUAUGUGUGGAUAAGGUGUCAAAGGGCUCCAGUGAAUGUAUUGGGAAGUGAUUUCUUUUCAACCAUGGGCCAUUCAUGGGGAAAUUUCAUGUGCUUAGAUGAUAGUACAAGCAAGAAGGAAAGUGAGUCUGAAGAUCGGGAAUCAUGGUCCAUCGGAACAGAGCCGGAGAUGCUUGAGGAGGUUCAAUUCGGGUGUCUAGUUGAAGAAGAUGAUGACGCAAGAAGACGUAGGAAAGAGGAAGAAAGAAGUAAGUUAGUACAAAUCAGCAAGGAAGCAGGGGUUGCAGCAGAAACCGUUGGUGACAACCUAGAUGAAAUUCAAAAUUCAAAUGCAAGGGAAAGAAGCAGGAGGACAGAUGGUGGGGCUACAGGACAGACGGUGCAGGCCUCAUCUUCGAAAAUUGGAGAUAAAGUAGGAGAAGAAAUUAAUCACAAAUUGAAGCCCAGAGAUCAGCCAAUGUGGCAAACCCAACUCGCAAAGGAGAUAUGGGACUUGGCGACGCAGCUCGGAGUGGUGGCGGAGAACGACAAUGAGGUGAUUCAACGAAUAGAGGAGAUGGAGGAUAGAGAUCAAAGAGCAAAAAUGAUUAUGGUGAACCGAGAGGAAGAAGGCAGCAGGAAGGAUAUGGAUUGGGUUGCAAAGUCGUCUACAGGCAUGUCUGGAGGUCUGAUAUGUGUCUGGGAUUCUAAAAUUUUGAAGAAGAAAGAGACUAUAGAGGGGGAUAAUUUUAUUGGGGUAUUUGGACUGUGGGGAGUGGAGGAGAUACCUGUAUACAUUUUAAACAUUUAUUCCCCCUGUCAACUUUCAAGCAAAAGAGCCUUAUGGGAGGAGCUGCAAGGUCUAAUUAAUAGCAGAAAGGGGAUGUGGUGCUUAGCAGGGGAUUUUAAUGCUGUAAGGAGGGUUGAGGAAAGAGCUGGAUGUAAGGUGGUUUCAAAUGAAAUGAGGGAGUUUGAUGCUUUCAUCCACAACACUGAGUUGUUUGACUUACCGUUGAUAGGGAGAAAAUACACUUGGUAUAAUUCAAAUGGGCAACAAAUGAGCAGAAUUGAUAGAUUCCUGUUUUCUGAAGAAUGGAUGUCAAAGUGGAGCGAAAUGAAACAGUGGGGUUUGAAGAGAUCUGUAUUGGAUCACUGCCCUAUAGUGAUAAAAAAUGACGAAGUAAAGGGAUGGAAUGGAUUUAAACUUAAAGAAAAGUUGAAAAGAACAAAGAAGGCAUUGAAAGAGUGGAGUGGCAAAACCAACGAGGAGAUGGAAGGAAGAAUAAAGGAAGCAGAACUACUGAUCGCUUCAAUUGAUGAGAAAGGAGAGCAGCACCAGUUGUCAGAUAAUGAUAUUGAGUUGAGAAGGAACAGUUUUAUUGAAUCGUGGAAGAAUUUAAAAAUCAAGGAGAGGAUGAGUCAACAAAAAUCAAGAAAGCAGUGGCUAAAGGAAGGUGACGCGAAUACAAAAUUCUUCCAUAGAAGCAUCAAGGGAAGAUGGUGUAGAAAUGAAAUCAAUAGUAUCCGGAUAAAUGGGGAGCAGUAUACAGGAGUGGAGGUAAUAAAGCAAGAGGUUGCUAAGUACUUCCAAGAAUUAUUUUCAGAAGAAAAUUGGAGGAGACCAAAGCUUGAUGGAAUAUGCUUUAGGCAAAUCACACAAACUGAUAAUGAGCUCCUCAUUACUACUUUUUCAGAACAGGAAAUUAAAGAAGCAAUAUGGAAUUGUGAUCCUUCCAAAUCCCCAGGACCAGAUGGAUUCAACUUCAGAUUCAUCAUGACAAUGUGGGAGGUUAUUAAAGAUGAUAUAAUCAACUUUGUACGGGAGUUCCAACAACAUGGCAAGCUGGUGAUUGGGGAGCAGCAGAUGGCUUUUAUUGAAGGAAGGCAGUUAGUGGAAGGGGCAGUGAUUGCAAAUGAGAUUCUCGACGAAGUUAAGAGGAAAAAGAAGAAGGGAUUCCUAUUUAAAGCCGACUUCGAGAAAGCCGACUUCGAGAAAGCUUACGACAAAGUAAGCUGGGAAUUCAUAGACUACAUGGUGAUGAGAAUGGGAUUCUGUGCAACUUGGAGGAAAUGGAUUCAGGAGUGCUUGAAUUCGAGCUCAGUAUCUAUUCUAAUCAAUGGCAGCCCGACGAAUCAAUUCCCGGUUAAUAAAGGCAUCCGUCAAGGAGAUUCUUUAUCCCAUUUUCUAUUCUUGAUUGUGGCAGAGGGGCUGAACGGACUAAUGUCAUCGGCAGUGGAUAAGGAGAGGUAUAAAGGAGUGGGCAUUGGGAGUGGAGAUGCGAUGGUCACACACCUUCAAUUCGCGGAUGACACAAUCUUCUUUGGGGAUGCAACGGAAGACAAUAUUAGGGUGAUUAAAUGCAUUAUGAGAACAUUCGAGUUAGCCUCAGGGUUGAAGAUUAAUUUCAAAAAGAGCCAGUUGAUUGGUGUGGGAGUUGAUCAAAAUUGGAGUGCUAAAAUGGCAUACCAAUUGUGCUGCAAGGAAGGGAAAUUGCUAUUCAAGUACUUAGGAAUCCCAAUUGGCGGGAAUCAUAGAAGAAAAGCCAUGUGGCAGCCUAUGGUGGAGUUUGUUAGAGAGAAGUUAGCCAGCUGGAAGGGGAGGUAUCUAUCGAUGGGAGGCCGCAUCACGCUCAUCAAUUCAAUGUUGUCAAGCCUACCAGUGUUCUUGAUGUCUGUCUAUGUUAUCCCAAAAGGUAUAAUUCAAUCCAUUGACAAACUUCGUAAAAGCUUUUUAUGGGGAGGGAAGGGAGAUGAGAGAAAAAUAAAUUGGAUUAGCUGGGAUAGAAUGUGUAAAAAGAAAGAGGAAGGAGGGUUAGGAGUGAGGGAUUUGAGGAAAUUCAACUUGGCAUUGAUGGGAAAAUGGUGGGGAAGGCUUGCUGAAAGUGGGGAGGGCAUGUGGAAAAAAAUAAUUAUAGAGAAGUAUGGUAAGGGAGGGGGUCAUUAGCAGGAUUGGAUUGCUGAAAAAAGAGGAAUAGGAUCAACGUGGUGGAGGGAUGUGUGUGAUAUAAACACAAUGAAUGGGGACAUCUAUGGUUGGAUUAAAGAGGGUUUCAGGGUUAACAUUGGGGAGGGUAAUACAGUUAGUUUCUGGUG